AUGUCGGGUUACAGCACCCUCUUCCAACACAGCCUCUAUAUCGCCAAUAAUAUCAGCGCUGUGCUCUACGGCGUCUACCUCUCUCUUUACUAUCUCACUGUCCGCUUCGCCAUCGACGACUACCGACGAGCCGGCGCCCAAUACGGGCGCUCUCAUCGGCUUUUUGUUUGCAUCAGCACCGUGUUACUCUUCAUGAUCACACUCUGGAUCGUCGUGAAAGCGAUUUUUGGGCAGGAGAUGUGGGUAGUGAACGAAAACUAUCCUGGGGGUGCGCAGCGGUACUACCUCGACCACACAUCUGCAUGGUACUACGUGAUGCCCGGCUCUGUGUCACUGGUAUCCAUCAACGCCAUCGCCGAUGCCUUCUUGCUGUAUCGACUUACCGUGGUCUGGAGCCCCUACAAAGUCGUUCUUAUCGUUCCGUCCGUCUUAUACAUUGCUACUCUAGGUGUCACGGCGUGCGUUUUAUCGGCGAGGGCGAACUUCUUCACGGGGACCGCGUCCAGGGUCGGGGUCGGCUACGUGUCCAUGAGCCUGAGCCUGAACGUCUACUGCACCGUGCUCAUCUGCGCGCGCAUGUGGUGGUUCUCACGCGUAAUACGGCACGCACUCGGCCGCCAAAUUUCACGCAAGUACUCGGGCGCGGCGUCGAUAAUCAUCGAGAGCAUACUCCCGUACACGGUGUUCACGACUGCGUACCUCGUCGCACUCGGCCUCUCGAGUCCGGUGGAGGUGAUCUUGUUGGGGCUGCAGGUGUUGUUCUCGGUUCUGUCGCCCCAGAUGAUCAUGCUCCGCGUCCUCAUCGGUCGUGCGCUUACCGGCCGUGAUCCAAUAACAGCUACGUUCGGAUAUGAUGAUGCUACAGAUGCGACCGACCUGCCCUCCGUACUCGAGUCAGCGCCAGGAACGUCGGACCCGGCAGUAGUUUAUCUGUCCAUUGUGUCGCAGUUCUCGUGCACAAAGUCGUCAGACAUGAAUGUCUAG